AUGUUUUCAGCUUCCAGGUUCUUCCGCCGACGCGGCGCGGAUCGUGACCCCGCUGCCGGGGCUCCGUAUGAAGUACCUUUGUACACAAACGCAGCAUAUUACCCAAAUUGGAGAAUCUAUCGAAAGGAGCCACCUUCAUCAUUGCGGUUGGGAUUCAUUUCACAUGUGUUCUACGCAUUUGCCUGGGUGAAAGAAGAUGGCACGGUUUAUCUCAGUGAUGAGUGGGCCGAUACCCAGAUGCCCGUUGACGGCGCUGAAGGUUGUCUUCGCGCUUUUGUUCAAUUGAAGCAACAGUACUCUAAGAUGAGAGUCAUCCUCUCCGUGGGAGGUGGGGGCAAAGGAAGUGAGAACUUCGCCGCUGUAGCCCAUAGUCGUUCACGGCUGGACACCUUCGUUCGGACUGCGCGGGAACUGGUGGAUCAGUUCGGAAUCGAUGGGAUUGAUAUCGAUUGGGAACAUCCGUCCGAUUCCAAGCAGGGCAAGGAUUAUGUUCGUCUCCUCGCCCGCCUAAGGGAGGUUCUACCCGCUCCGCGAUAUGUCCUUACAACCGCCCUUCCUGCUGGCCAGUGGGCACUGCGCAACAUCGACCUUUCUGCAGCACAAAAAUACCUCGACAUGAUUAAUCUCAUGACUUACGACUUCGCUGGACCCUGGGAGUCCGAAACGGGCCAUCAAGCCCAGCUUUAUGGCUCAGGUGUAUCGGGCGAUUCGGCAGUUUCGUAUGUGACAGGACAGGGAGUGACCCCUAGGAAGAUUAUCCUUGGUGUGCCAGUUUACGGGAGGUCGUUCCUCGGGAGUAAUGGUCCUGGUCAGCGGUACACCGGACACGGUGGUGAGGAUGGUGUCUUUGACUAUCGCGAUCUGCCCCGACCGGGAACACAGGAGUAUCAUGACAAGAAUAUCGGUGCUGCAUUUUGCGUUGGUGCCGAUGGCGGGUUCGUGACAUACGAUACCCCAGAGACAGUAAAGCAAAAAGCGGAGUUCGUGACUUCAUCGAAACUUGGCGGGUUGUUCUACUGGCAUGUUUGUUCCGAUGCUCGAGGACCGCGAAGCUUGGUUGAGACCGGAUAUAACACUCUGCAUGAUAUGUGA